AAUGAGUGAGACGAUUCAGCUGGAGAUAGGCGGGCGCUAGGACCUGCGCGCCCCCGACAGAGAUCCGCUCGAUGAGAGCGGCUCGAGUGUGGAGAGGCUGUCGACUGCGCACGGCUUCAUCCUCGCCAUCAUCAUCGCCAUCAUCACCAGUGCGCGCAUCAGCGACAGAAGACUGAUCCCAGACGCGCUCCAGAGCUGCACAUGAUGCGCAGGGUUCGGGCCAACGCCAUCCUCAUCCUCACCGUGGCCUGGAUCCUGGGCACCUUUUAUUACCUGUGGCAGGACAGCAAAGCAUUCUCAUCCUCCCAGCUGAAGAAAUCUGCCUCCGGGAGGUUGGAGGAGCGUACUCUGCCUCUCAUCGUGACCCAUGCACCGAACGGCGAGCAAGCGGGUCAGCUUUUGGGCUUGUUUGAUGAAAAGGCUUUUCUAGCCAGUAAGCAGCUGAAAGCUGGUCAAGAUCCAUACAGAGAACAUGCGUUUAACCUGCAAGAGAGCGACCGGCUGGGCAGCGAGCGCGCCAUCAGAGAUACGCGACAUUAUAGAUGUGCGUCCGUGCUCUUUGACCCUGACUUGCCGCCCACCAGCAUCAUCAUCACGUUUCACAACGAGGCACGCUCCACCCUGCUGCGUACUAUUAAAAGUGUGUUGACGAGAAGCCCAGCUCAUCUGAUUCAGGAGAUCAUUCUGGUGGAUGACUUUAGCUCUGGCCCUGAAGACUGCCGGCUGCUCUCUCAGAUCCCGAAGGUGCGCUGUCUGCGCAACGAACGCAGAGAAGGUCUCAUCAGGUCUCGUGUGAGAGGAGCGUCGGCGGCCUCAGCCUCCAUCCUGACGUUCCUGGACAGUCACUGUGAGGUGAACACAGACUGGCUCCAGCCCAUGAUCCAGAGAGUUAAAGAGGAUCACACUCGUGUCGUCAGUCCUAUCAUUGAUGUCAUCAGUCUGGAUAACUUUGCCUAUCUGGCCGCCUCUGCAGACCUGAGGGGAGGAUUUGACUGGAGUUUACAUUUCAAGUGGGAGCAAAUUCCUAUAGAACAGAAAAUGGCAAGAAAUGACCCCACUCAACCAAUAAGGACUCCAGUCAUUGCUGGAGGAAUCUUUGUAAUGGAUAAAGGCUGGUUCAACCACCUGGGCCAGUAUGACACUCACAUGGACAUAUGGGGUGGUGAGAAUUUUGAGCUGUCGUUCAGAGUGUGGAUGUGUGGCGGCAGUCUGGAGAUUCUGCCCUGCAGUCGCGUCGGACACGUCUUUAGGAAACGUCACCCCUAUGACUUCCCAGAGGGCAAUGCGCUCACCUACAUCAAGAACACACGGCGAGCCGCUGAGGUCUGGAUGGACGAUUAUAAGCAGUAUUACUAUUCUGCCAGACCUUCGGCACAGGGCAAGGCCUUCGGGAGUAUUGCAGAUCGUCUCACACUAAGACGGAAGUUGAACUGUAAUUCAUUUCGCUGGUAUCUUGAGAACGUCUACCCUGAGCUCAAAAUUCCAGAGCAGGAAGCUCCAUACAGUCUCCUGAAACAGAACAGCUUGUGUCUGGAGAGUCACGGCACAGACAGUCUGGGUUUAGCUGAGUGUAAGAGUGUGCCAUCCAUACCUGCUUCACAGAAGUGGACUCUGAUUGAACCGCUGAUCCAUCAAAAUGAUCUGUGUUUGGCCAUCACAGCUUUCACUGCAGGGUCAAAGGUCAGACUGGACCCCUGCAACUCCAAAGAGUCGAAACAGAAAUGGAGGCCCAGGGGUCCAGCAUUGCAGCAUAUGAUCAGCGGCUUGUGUCUGGAUAGCCAGCCCCCCUCGGGCCCACCGGUCAUAGCACAGUGCCGCCCGCAAAUGUCCAGCCAAUCCUGGGAGCCGCAGCUGAUCACCUGACUCCCAUGAAAAGCGCAUGCGGAAGGAGGGGAAAGGGGAGGAGUCACAUAAGGUUGCUGAACUCGAGGGGCUGUAUGACCCGGAGGAAAACGUUUGCGCUGUUUUAGUUAAAGGUGCCGCUUUCAGAAGAAUCCAUCACAGCCUUGUCCAGAUCCAGUUUCAUCAUGGAAUAGCCGGAGAAAUCAACAAAUCGAAUACCAAGAGGCGACAUUCCCAGUUUUCCAUUUUCCAGACAUGGCUGUGGAGUUCACAAGACGCUGGUUUUGUCAGUUUACAGGAGUGCUUUGUGACACCUUGUUUUUUUUCCUGAACGUUGUGUUAAGUUAUCAAAAGCGAGAGAAUAGAUGUAUAUAAAUGCCUCAGACCCGCGAGCUGUAUAUUUCCUCAUUCCCACCAACACUGCGGCGUCUGCAGCACAGGCUUUAAUAUCUCUUCUCAUGGGGUCGGAAUUGUGUCUUCAUCACUGUGGAAGGGUUUCUGCUUGAUUCGUUCAGUAUUACAGUGGGAUAAAGUGCAAUUCCUUGUGACUGCAUCUACCAUGGAAACACAUUCAGCACCAGCAAGACUUUUAGAGGUUUAUAAUAAACAAAAGUCAAAGAUUAGCUGUAGCGAGCUGGCUUACAGGGGGUUUCUGCCUCCUUGGUGGGCCAAAAAUGUCUGCUGAAGGCUUAAAUUGCAGGGAAACACAAUGAGAUGAGUACAUGGGUGCAAAACGCUUGUAAAGAGCUUUUUUCUGCAUGGUACUGUACAUCGACACAACAAACAGGCAUUUGCUAACAUGUCAAGCCCAAAGACUGUUUUCUUCUGUCUUAUUUGUUUGCUGUUUGGAUCUUUGUAUUCACUUGAAGCCAACGGUUUUUCAUUUUCAACAUGUGCUAGAUAAAUAAAGACUAUUGUCAAAAACAGACAACAAUCCAAAAAAUCUUGUCCACGUUUUCUUUAUGCAUUAAU